AAAAUAUUAGUUCUAUUUAAUUAUGAACUAAUUAAAUAUCCAAAGCUUCCUUCACAUCCCUCCGCCACAACAAUGGCAUUCUCUCCCGCCAAACGCCACCCCCACCUCCUCUUCUUCACUCUCCUCUCUCUCUUCCUCAUCUCCCAUGCAAGGCUAACUCUCCACCAUUCAGACUUGAAAGCUCUUUCCACCAUUGUUAAAAACCUUGGCAUCAACGCUCAACCAUUCCCUUCCACUAAUCCUUGUACCGCGGCCGGAGUUUUCUGUGAGCGAAGGCUCACCCACAACGAAACUUACGUUCUUAAAAUCACCAGGCUCGUGUUCAAAUCCAAAGGGUUGGAUGGGUUUCUGUCGCCUGAAAUCGGGAAGCUUACUGAGCUCAAAGAGCUAACUGUUUCUCACAACAAUAUUGUUUAUCAAAUCCCCGCCCAAAUCGUUGACUGUAAAAAACUUGAAGUUCUUGACCUCAAAAACAAUAUGUUUGAUGGUGAGAUACCAUCGAAUUUGUCUUCUUUGAUCCGUCUUCGAGUUCUCGAUCUGUCCUUCAAUAAGUUUACCGGCGACUUGAGUUUCCUGAAGCAUUUUCCCAACCUGGAAAGCCUUUCCCUUGCAAACAAUCAAUUUUCCGGGAAAAUCCCACCAUCUAUACGUUCAUUUCGAAACCUUCGAUUCUUCGACUUCUCCGGGAACAGUUUCCUUGAAGGUUCAGCUCCAUUGAUGAGCAAAGCUGACGAAGCAGCAGUGUCCAGGUACCCCAAACGGUACGUUUUCGCCGAGACAAGGAACUCAACAAGCAAUAAUGGAGGUCCAGCUUCAGCUCCAUCACCAUACGGAAGCAGUGAAGCUCCCGCCCCCAGUCCAGUACCAUCACCUAAACACAAACACAAAAAAAGUAUCAGGAAACUAAUGGGAUGGAUUUUGGGGUUCCUCGCUGGAGGGACAGCUGGCAGUUUAUCUGGGUUUGUCUUCUCAGUGAUGUUUAAGCUGGUGAUUGAAACUGUUAGAGGAAGAGGCAGCGACUCAGGUCCAUCCAUAUUCAGUCCAUUGAUAAAGAAAGCUGAAGAUUUAGCAUUUCUAGAGAAAGAUGAUGGGUUGGAUUCACUAGAGAUCAUAGGCAAAGGAGGGUGUGGGGAAGUUUACAAGGCUGAAUUGCCAGGAAGUGAUGGCAAAAUGAUUGCUAUUAAGAAGAUUAUUCAGCCUCCAAAAGAUGCAACUGAAUUGACUGAUGAAGAUAGCAAGCUUCUGAACAAGAAAAUGCGCCAAAUCCGAUCGGAGAUCACCACUGUCGGUCAUAUCCGCCAUCGGAAUCUUCUUUCUUUGUUGGCUCACGUUUCUCGACCCGACUGUCAUUACCUUGUGUACGAGUACAUGAAGAAUGGAAGCUUACAAGAUCUCUUGCAACAAGUUUCAGAUGGUACAAGGGAGCUUGAUUGGCCCGCUCGCCACAAGAUCGCCGCCGGAAUUGCGGCAGGGCUGGAAUAUCUUCACAUGCAUCAUAGUCCCCGGAUCAUUCACAGAGAUCUGAAACCUGGAAACAUCCUUCUGGAUGAUGAUAUGGAAGCUAGAAUUGCGGAUUUCGGGCUUGCCAAAGCCAUGCCUGAUGCUAACACCCAUGUAACCACUUCAAAUGUGGCCGGAACAGUGGGAUAUAUAGCACCGGAGUAUCAUCAAACACUCAAGUUCACUGAUAAGUGCGAUAUCUAUAGCUUCGGGGUUAUACUGGGUGUUCUGGUGAUGGGAAAGCUUCCAUCCGAUGAGUUCUUUCAAUUCACUGAUGAAAUGAGCUUGGUGAAAUGGAUGAGAAACAUCAUGGUUUCGGACAACGCCAUCCAAGCUAUCGAUCCUAAACUUCAGGGAAAAGGGCAUGAUGAACAGAUUGUUUUGGUCCUGAAAAUCGCCUACUUUUGUACUUUGGAUGAUCCAAAGGAGAGGCCUAGUAGCAAGGAUGUGAGAUGCAUGUUGUCUCAAAUCAAGAGCGAAGGUCAAACCAAUAAUUAAUGUCAGAUCAUGAUGAUGCAAGAAGAUCAAGAAUAUUUGAAUAAUUUUUAGUUUAUGUAACGUGUUUUCUCUUUCCAGCAUAUGAUCCUUAUGCUUUGUAACUGUAAUUGUAAUGCUUGUAAGAAAUAUAAUCUAUCUGGCUUUUGGGUUGUGCACCUAAAUUAGAAA